UGCCAUAAUUGCAAAUGGUCGAGGCAGUCGCUAAAUGAGGACUACCGCACCUACCAGUUAAACUCCAUCUAUCUUGCAGUAACUCUGAAGCUGAACUACCUGCUCUGUAGAAGCAAGCAGAAAAGUUAAUUUCCAGAAUUGUUUUUCUGAUUAGGAUUUUAGUCAUUCUAUACUUCACCAUUUCAUGAUGCCAUCUCAGAGUAGCUUACAGUAUGAAUAAUAAAAAGGAAAACAGAAAGUUUUUUAAAGAAAAAAAACAUUAGAAACAAAUAUAAAGUUCACCCAUGCAAAAUUCAAUAGAUCCAAAUGUUUAAACAGAAUGCUAUAAAAACCAUUAGUACCUCAGGUGUUUGAUUCUAUUUUGCAGAACAAUUUGUGUUAUAUUCAAUUUAUUUCCCUCCUAAAACUGUUUCUCUUUAGGACCAGUGAGAACUCUAGUUUGUGGUCAAGUUAACUUCCUUUUUUCUAGCCAUUUGUUCUUCAAACUCACUUGUGGGUAGGUGUGGAUGAAGAAAACAAGAAACCAUGAUCAAAGUCAUUUCCUGCUCUUAUCUCUGCCUCUCUGCACUCAGAGAUCAAAUGACUUUUAAUGGCACUUGCAGAGAGGACAUAGGUGAGCAUUAGCCCCACCCUCUUCAUCUAGGAAAUUACUGCUUUUGCAUCGAAAGCAAAGCAAAACUGUCCUAGUGAAAAAUCUAAGGGGGAAAACCUGAUGAAUUUGGCACCAAAGGUGAAAUCGACAAGAAUUCUGCCAUUUUCUCCUUCUAAACCAAGCAACAGAAAAAAAUGUUUCAGAGCCAGUCGGCCACCAAACUCCACAUUGCCAGCAUCCUUACCUCUUCCCGCCUGGAACAGCCCCCGGACUGGCAGGGCGUCCUUUUCAAGAAAAAUAACCGCACCGCUUCCUAUCAGCACUGCUGGUGUGAGCUCAGAGGAAAUCUUCUUAUCUGCAGGGAACAGCCUGGAGACCGGGGUCCUUGUCACCUCAUUGUGUUAGAAGGCUGUAGGGUGGAAUUGCAGGAAUCCACCUCGGAACCUCAUACUUUUAAAAUCUGCUACCCCGAUGACUUGCCUGACCAGUCCUAUAAGAUGGCAGCUGAGGAUCAAGAGACCAUGGAAAACUGGAUGCGAGUUCUGAGCAUGGCGGGAUUCGAGAACCUCAGAGCGUUGGUUACCGAGUUAGAAAGCCAAUUUCACCAGUUGAAGAGCCAACAGUACUCUAAGGAAGAAGCAAGCUGCAAGGCAACAGAAAGAAGAUUCUCCGACAUGGAUUUCGCUUGCCUCCAUGUGGAAUUUGGGAAGGAUGUCAAUGAGGCUAGGAAAAAGUGGCAGGAGGGAAAGAGGAAGCAUGUCCCAGCACGGGAGAAUUUGAUGCAUUUUAUAUAGGACAACCAGCAAUCUCCAAACAUUUGGCUGUGACCGAAUUUGGAGGCAGCCAAUUUCAGUUUCAGUGGAGUCAGUGUCAGUGAAAAAGAUAAUUCUUGUUUCAAAAUAUUGGUUCUUCUUUAAACACUUUUAAUAAAUGCAUCUUCGGAAAAA